AAAAUCAAACAUCCCCAUCUCAGUCCUCCUAUAUCACACUCCAAAACACAAUCAAUUAGAGGAAGUAGAGCUUUGCACAAAGAAAAACUUCAAUGGCGACCACUUUUCUCUCUCCAAUUUCUUCACAUAUUUCAGUCACCUCUGAAAAUCGUGAAAUGGGUAUUCUCUCAAAUGGCCUCUCUCACUCCUCUUUUCUUCCUGGAGUAAAACCCUUUUCUUCUUCAACCUCUUCUCGUCAAACAAAACCCAUGUUAAAUCGAAGGUUGUUUAAGUCACCAUGUGCCCAGAAAUCUUCUUUGGAACAUAUACCUAAGCAGUUCAGACAAGAUAAUCUCAAAGAUGGAUUGAUGGAAAACUUCAAAAAUGUCCCUCAGUAUCUUUAUGGCCUCUCUCCUUCACAAAUGGAUAUGUUCAUGACAGAGGAUAAUCCAGUUCGCAGGCAGUCAGAGAAAGUGACAGAGCAAAGCAUCUCAUCUGCCUGUAAUUAUUUGGAUAAUGGUGGGAUGUGGAGUCUCAGAGGCAUGGAUGAUAGGGGUCCAUCAAAAUAUAGUAUGAGCGUGAGCAUGUACCGUGGUGGAGCUAAGGGAUAUGGAAGACCAAGAACUGCUCCUCCUGAUCUUCCUUCCUUGCUUUUGGACGCUAGGAUUGUUUAUCUUGGCAUGCCAAUUGUGCCUGCAGUUACCGAGCUUAUUGUUGCUCAGUUUAUGUGGUUGGACUAUGAUAACCCCUCAAAGCCUAUAUAUCUGUACAUUAACUCAUCUGGAACACAGAAUGAGAAGAUGGAAACUGUUGGUUCAGAGACAGAAGCAUAUGCCAUAGCCGACACAAUGGCUUACUGUAAAUCAGAUGUCUACACAGUGAACUGUGGCAUGGCAUAUGGUCAAGCAGCUAUGCUUCUAUCACUUGGAACGAAGGGUUACCGUGCCCUGCAGCCAAAUUCAUCAACGAAAUUAUAUCUGCCUAAAGUUAACCGAUCGAGUGGGGCUGUGAUAGAUAUGUGGAUCAAGGCAAAAGAGCUGGAUGCAAAUACCGACUAUUACAUUGAACUCUUAGCCAAAGGUAUAGGCAAAUCAAAAGAAGAACUCGCCAAAGAUAUUCAACGCCCCAAGUACUUCCAGGCACAAGAAGCCAUUGAUUACGGGGUUGCAGACAAGUUGAUCGACUCGAGGGAUGCCGCAUUUGAUAAACGGAAUUAUGAUGAGAUGCUUGCGCAAUCGAAGGCAAUGAGGAGAUCAGGACCAGGACAAACAGCAGCAGCCCCCUCUGGGUUUAGAUGAUUAGCACGAAUGCCAGUGUGUUGAUUCUAGUGAUCUGUUGUUACUGUUGCUCAGGGAGCCCUUGUUGAAAUUGUUUACCAUAUACAAACUGUUGUUUUUUCAACUUAGUGCUUAUUUUAUUAAUAUAUAGGCGGAAAGAUGGAAUGAACAUGCUAACCUCAAUUGUGGUAAAGAUUUUUGUAAUGAUACUGAGUGUUUGUUAAUGUGGAAUGAGCAUACAUGUCUAUAAGUUUACUGUA